AAUGGAUAUCUAAAUAGAGCUUUUCAAAGUGUAAAAUUACAGUAAGUGUUUAGAGUUACUGAAACAUUACAUUAUUAUUUAAGGAUUUUUAUGACAUGUUUAUUAACCAAAACCAAGAUAUAAUAAACCUGUUUUUUCUCACUGAGCGGGACAGACACAGUUCCAGAAAUGCCUGACAGAGAAGAAACAUGUUCAACCAGCUCCACUGAGCUACAGCUCUUCUCACCCCAAAGACCUCUGUGUUACGAUGAAGUGCCCAAGAGGAUCCGUCAGCUCUACCUCUCUGAAAUCAGCCAAGACUCCUUUCACCAACAAAACCUUCCUUGCACAAAAGUUACCACACUCAACAAGGAAGGAACACAAAUUCUCUUUGUCAAAACUGUCUUCAAACCUCCAUGCAACAUGUCACAAGAACCCAAAUGGCUCCUCUGGUGCUGUGGCUUUGUUUUUGAAGAUCGGAAACUCUUCUGUUUAAUUUCUCAAUCCAAAGUUAACCACCCCAUCAGUGGAGGAGCAGCUAUAUGGGAAGAAGACCAAUGGCAGACAAACAUUUCGUCUGACCUACAGAAGAGCAGUGAUUUUAAAUGUUUCUGUCUUCAAGAUAUUGUUGACUUUAUUAAUUUUGAACAUUUUACAUUACUUAACUCCAAUAAUAUAAAUACUAUCCAAACAACAUCUAUUCCAGAUGAACAGUGGAGCUCUUUCUUAUAUUACUACUAUAAUGUACCAGAUCAAAAGACAAGUCAACAUGCAUUUGCUAUUGCUUUUAUCAAAGACAGUACUCCUGUGUGUUGGUAUGAAGCAAAAUAUAAAAAAAAAAAAGAUCCUCAAUCAGAUAAACACACUGAGGGGAUUCUACUUAAAAAAAUGGAUCCAUUUUUAAAAAAGCAUUAUAAGGACGGUGGAGCUGAAGUAGAAAGGAUUUUAUUUUAUACUAAAAACAGCCCCUGUUUCAGUAGCAAUGAAACAAUGGUUGUGCCUUGUAUUUUUCAGUUGAUAGAAAAAACUGUAAAGUGGCAUCGUAAAUAUGGAAUUUGUAUGGAUGUAUUUUACACAACACCUUGGGGACCAAUUGAACCAACAGGCUUUGAUUUUCUCAUGUAUUCUGAUAUCUCACAGCCUGACAAUAUUUUUUAUCCAUAUUAUGUAAGGUACAUGAAUGCCCCUUAUGAACUGGACUGUAGUUACUCAAAUGCACAAUGUAACAAAUUAAAAACUGAAAGAAUGUCACCCCAAAAUAUAAAAUUAAUUAAGAAUGUUAAGCACAAAUUUAUGGAACUGAUAAAAAAUCCCGAUCAGAAAACUAAUAAAUGUUUUACUAUUAAAGAACAUUUGGACCGUGGACAGAAAGUAAUUGAGGCACACACAGAUCCCCCCGAAUUCAAAAAUCAAAUGUCCAAGAUCUGGCACGAUGUGAUAAUGCAGCCUAUCAGAGCUGAACUAACAGCGGAUUUCAACUCUGUUAUUGUUAAAAUUUUUAUAAACCACCUUGAGACUAUUUUAGGGGGAAACAGUCCUUUAAAGUUUUUUCACAUUGGUCAUUUGAGGGAACCAGGGAGCAAGAAGGGAGGAGACCUCACUAACCUCACCCCCACAACUUAAGUUCCUCGGUGAGGAGGGAAAAGUGCUGAUUGGGCGUGCCCGCACUUGGAGCUCCAAUAUACGUGAAGAAGGGAACUGAGUUGUGGUGGUUAGUUCUACAGUGAGGCAACGACUGGCACAGCUGCCUAAUGACUACAGAGGCAUGACAUCGCUGCAACUCAUGAGUGGUUCCCUGCUCAUUUGUAUCAUAACAGUUCCCCCAUUAUCCUAUCGUUUCAACUGGCAAAUAUUACAGGAUCGCACUCAACAUAGAAGGCUCC